AAUUGCUGCUUUAGGCUAAUGCGACUGGGGUGUGCAAGCUGGAAGCAAAACGAGGGACUCCUGGACCUGCCAGUAGAGCUCUCUGCGCGCAAUCUUGUAGCAUACACCGAAGACGCGGCAUCUUGAACAUUAUACCCUGUGUUAAUCGCCCUGCCGCUGCCGCAACUUUGCGCAUGACAGCUGCCAUGGCCAAAGUGAAAUCCUCCACAGCCGACGAGGCCAAAGGCACCCAAAGGCGAGGCGCCCGUAUUAAGUCAUCUCCUCAGGGCAUCCCAACGGAUGACGCUGUGGCCAUCGGCGACCCUGCAACCAGCAGCGGCCAGAAGGCGUCUGCUCCAAAAGGCGCCAGCCGCCGCGGCAAGAAGGGCAGUGCUGCCUCCGUUACGCCCACCAUCGCCUCAGGCUCUGCGGCAGGAACACACAGUGGGCCAUGGUUCACCGAGCAGCAGCGUGAGGAGUACCGUCGUGAGCUGCUGCAUUGGUACGACCACAGCCACCGUGUGCUACCCUGGCGCCGUACCCCGCACUCAAAAAAGCACCUGCUGAACAGCAGCGGCAGCAGUGCGGAGACCUCUGCCGCGGAUGCAGGUGCUGCUGCUGCUACGGGUGCUGCUGCGGGGGCUGCUGCGGGUGCUGCGGAUGCAGGUGCUGCCCCCCCGGACCUGCCGCCCCAGCAGUUUGCGUACUGGGUGUGGGUGAGCGAGGUGAUGCUGCAACAGACGCAGGUGG